GUAUUUCUCUUUAUUUGCUUAAUGGAAUCAGGCCUUGUGCUCAGCAUCAUCCCUUGCCUGGAUGGCUGUGACAUGAGGUCAGGAAUCUGAAUCCCUGGGAAUGCUCCAGGCGUCAGUAGCCAGAUGAGUUGCACAAACAGAAAAUCUGUGGGUGGGGGGGACAAGCAUCCUCAGCAUUUGGCAAGAAAAAGGAGCAGUGCUGUGAGAGGAUACUCAGCCAGCAGGGGAGGGAGCUGGAGAGAGAGGCUUUGUUUUCCCUCUUAAUGCAUGAUCCUCUGUGCUGGGACAAGAGAGUGAGCAGGAGCAGUUACCGGCUGCCUGCCCAACCCUUUUGAUCCAGAGGAGACAGAGGUGCUCUGUGGGAAGCAAGGAGAAACAUAAGGAUGGAGUCAGAACAGGAGAGAUGAGAGGAGGACUGCUACCGACCCUAAGCGCAGCUGAAACCAGAAGGAAAUGAGUUGCCUCUACGCUUGCUUCAGAGACAAAGGUCCUCGCACAGAGACAGAAGCUAUGAAAAGACAAAGCUCUGGUCAGGAGCACGAGAUUAUGGAAUUGCAAGAAGCUAACGUGGAGGAAAGUGAGGCUGAUCAUGACAAGCCUCUAAAUGCUCAAACAAGAAAGGAGAGAAAUCCCUGGAAAUCAUGCAGGAAUGUAGUUUUCUGGAAGUGUAAACUAUGGAUGGUUAUAACUGCAAUUUUUCUAGUAUUCUUCCUGGUCAUUUUCAUCAGCCUAGUUCUUUACUCUAAUGUUUACAUAGAUGAGGAUGACUACUGGGAUCCCGAUGCACUACUAAAUAGUGGAAAUUGCCGCAAUUUUUCAGGAACAUUGGAGUUAAUGUGUGGUCUACCACACCUUUUCUCUGAAGACAUUACUAAGAGGUUAACAGAUGUCUACAGUUCAUCUCCAGCUCUAGGACGCUACUUCAGGUCAGCUCAGGUGGUUUAUUUCAGUAAUGAAAGCUCCACUGUAUUUUAUCAGCUAAAGUUUUCUGUGCCACCAUCAACAGAGGGGUUUAUGGAAAACACAAUGAACCCAGAUUUUAUAAGGAAUGUCUUGCGUCAAAAUAUUUAUGAUGAAGAUGAUACCUCUAAUCCUGGGACAGCUGAAUGUAACAGGUUAAAGCUUGACCCGACUUCUCUCACGUUAACAUGUAAGUUCUGUACAACAGAGACUGUUCCUUUACAACGAGCAGAAGUAUUUACUUGAAAGAAGGGAAAUCUUGCUGUAAAGAUGUUGAGUUUUCUUAGUAAAUAUAUUUAUUUUAUUUAUAUUUAUCUAUUUUAAUAAAAGAGUAUUUUUUUUAGAAAAAGUAAAAAGAAAGUUUUUAAGAAAUUUUUUCUAUGCUUUGCUUAUAACCUAGGAUUCACUGUUUGGUCCUCUGAUGAGAAAGGGAAUAGCAGUGAGACUGGUUAGCUACGGACUCCAACUAAACUUUUCAGAUCUCCUCUUGCAUUUUCUGCACACAAAGAAAAACUCCUGAUAUAUAUGUGUACCAUAACAGGGAGCCAAAUAAUUAAAAAACUUCCUCCUGAUUGCGUAUUCAUAAUCGAAUCCUUAUAAAUUUGAAACCAAGUAGAACAGAGUAAGUAAUUUGGGAGUGAACUUCUGAUGUUUUUUCCCCGUCAAGGAUGAAAAGCCUCCAGAUUUUUGUCUUUUCAGAGUUUUUGGGGAAAAUGUAUUAUGCGCAGAGAUACUUUUUAAGGGAACCAAACAUUCAUUUUUCCAGAUUUUCUAGGUAGUGGUUCCAAUGACUGCCAGUGACAAGGCAGUGAUUCCAAUGCAUUUAGAUUUGCCUUGAUUGAAAUGUCCCGGUAAAAGUCCGAUGAACUUUGCCGUUUCACUUAAAACAAUGCAUGGAGCUGCUUCCCCACACACCCACUUUACUGAGCCGCACCUGCGUGGUUUUGGAGUAAUUCUAGGCAUCACCAUACAACGUAUGUAAAUAAGAUUUGCACUAACUCAUGUUGACUUUUCUCAGUACUCUUAUCAAGGGACAGGAGAGUAACAAGUCAUGAGUUCCAGUUCUCAGUAUCGUUUUGUUCCUUGUAUACUGAUUGAUUUCAGAAAAAAAUGCAGUGUAAAAGGGACAGGAAAGAAUAUGCUGAAAUAACUAUCUAAAAUUUCAUUUCAAUGUUAAUAUUGUACUGUUUUAACUUUCAGAGAAAUGACGGAAAGACUCCUCAUCUUCCUCACCGCCUAGAAGAGAUGGGCUUCUCCUACCUGUUAGUAAUCACAGGAUAGGGAGCUAUUCAUUAGGCAGAAACACCGCUAAAGAUGUCCUGUAAAUACCAUCUGUGAUGCAAUAUUGUAAAUAGAGAAUGUGGUAUAUUUAUAACAGUGUUGUACUCCUAUAACACCACUACCUCCUCCUGUAUUGUUGUUCUGAUAUCUCAAUAACCCAUUUCACCCCUGUGAAAACAAAAUAUCUUGUCUGAUGCAUGCUCUGUUGACUUUGAAACCUCUGCUUUGUCUUGCCUUACAAUUAAAUCUCGAUUCCCCCCACCAGCUUUAAAAGCAGACUUGCACGUGGCUCCUUUCUUCUUCUCUUGGCUUAUCCAAAAUUAUCUGCACAGGUUCAUGCUUAAUGCUCACUUUCACCCAUGCUCAUGUCUGUUACUUUUUCUCUUCUAACUUCAUAUGCCACAUUUCCCUGUUGUUCUUUCCUCCUAAAACAGCCUGAAAACUUAAAUACUCUAUUUUCUUUAAUUACAUGCAAGUCCUUUGCACUAACUACUAAAGUGAGCUUCAACUCUGAUCGUUCCCUUGCUCAUGGUAUCUGCUCUAUUUUUCUCAUCUUUAAUAUGAAAUAGAAAUGCAGCAAGAAAUGUUGGGAAGACACAUGUCUUGUUCACUAGUGCACCUGAAUGCUACAUGGAUCUUUCGAGGGUCACAUUAGCUGCGUGCUUUAAUAAUUAGCUACUAGUACUAGUGAAUAGACAGCUCUUUGACCUGCAUUUGUAAAUUCAAAGAGAAACUAGUCUACAGCCUUAAUUAUAGUCCCUGUGCCAGCAGUGGGGAUGAAAAUGAACAGAUGCAAGAUAUUUGCCUUAAUAAGGCAGCAAACAGUUGUUCUUGUUGACAAGAGAUGGGGUGAGAUGGCCCAGUGCCAAGAGGAAGGCGCUGAAGCAGAACGUGUAGGCCAGUGUGGAGUGACAGUUAUAGCCAAUAACUGGAUAUAACAUGACAAUUAAAAAUUAAGCAUGAACUUUAUGCAGAAUGGAAUGGAUUCACUACCAUGCUAGUGAAGUAUAGUUUCUUAUUGUUUUUUUAUAAUAUGUUAGUCCUGUUGGAUAGACAAACGUAUUUUACAAAACCUUUUGUAUUGUGAGAAAUGUCUUAUGGGAAAUUGUGUUUCUCUUUUUCUAAUACUACUGGUUUAUUUAAGGAGUAAUCUGACAAUUUUACUGUGUAUUAAAUUAUUUAUUUUUA